AUGAGUAUCAAACUGAAAACCAAAAGAAAGAGCAAGGAAGAAAAAAGUCAAGAAAUGUCUACCAAUUUAAAAUACCUUUCCUUGGGCAUCCUGGUUUUUCAGACCACGAGUUUAGUCUUGACCAUGCGUUAUUCUCGGACACUAAAAGAAGAAGGACCUCGUUACUUAUCCUCUACUGCAGUAGUUAUUGCUGAACUUCUGAAGAUUUUGGCAUGUGUUCUAUUGGUCUACAAAGACAGCAAGUGCAAUUUACGGACUCUGAACAGAGUGCUACAUGAUGAAAUCCUUAAUAAACCCAUGGAAACUCUUAAACUUGCUAUUCCUUCAGGAAUUUAUACUCUUCAGAAUAACUUGCUGUAUGUAGCAUUGUCAAACCUAGAUGCAGCCACAUACCAGGUUACGUAUCAACUGAAAAUUCUUACCACAGCAUUGUUUUCUGUGUCCAUGUUGAGCAAGAAAUUGGGUGUAUACCAGUGGCUUUCAUUAGUAAUAUUGAUGACAGGAGUGGCAUUUGUGCAGUGGCCUUCAGACUCUCAAGUAACAGCUGCUAAGGAACAAAAAAAAUUUGUAGGCCUGAUCGCAGUUCUUAUAGCAUGCUUUUCUAGUGGAUUUGCUGGGGUUUAUUUUGAGAAAAUUUUAAAGGAAACUAAGCAGUCUGUGUGGAUCAGAAACAUUCAGCUUGGAUUUUUUGGCAGCAUAUUUGGACUGAUGGGUGUAUACAUUUAUGAUGGAGAACAACUGUCAAAGGAUGGAUUUUUUCAAGGAUACAAUAAACUUACUUGGGUAGUUGUUGUUCUACAGGCACUUGGAGGGCUGGUGAUUGCUGCUGUUAUAAAAUAUGCAGACAACAUUUUAAAGGGAUUUGCAACUUCUCUCUCUAUCAUACUGUCAACAUUGAUCUCCUAUUUCUGGCUGCAAGAUUUUGUCCCCACAAGCGUCUUUUUCUUUGGAGCCGUCCUUGUAAUAGCAGCUACUUUCCUAUAUGGUUAUGAUCCCAAACCUGCUGGAAAUCCCAUUAAGGCAUAGCAGACUUCCUCAUCAACCUGCUUCUCAAGAUCAUGCACUGGGAGCCUUGCUAGCAAUGGCAUGUGGAAAGUGUCAUUGUGCAUUGCAAGGAAAGGAUCACUACCCUGAAUCUAUUGAAGAAAUGCUUAUGAGUAGUUCUGAACAGCCAGAGGGGUUAAAGGUGGAUGAUGAUACUGUCUGUAACUGAUUAAAAAAAAAAAAAAAAAAGCAGGGGAAUGCCCAGUUCAACUUGCUAAUAAAAACUUGAAAGGAGCAAAAGGUUUCCAAGAAACUGCAAUUAGGAAUGUUUACAGCUUUGACUGGGAUUGCAUCAAAAGAAUUUACUGUAUUGACUGCUGCAGAAAUAUGUCCUAUGCACUCUUUGAAAGAGCACAUGACAACGUUGUCAGAUUGUAUGUUUUUGCAAUUUGACUAUAUUUAAUCUUAGUAAAUAUGUUUUUAACUGUUUAUCUAUUUACAUGAAAUCAGCUGAAUACACGUCAUAGUUCUAAAGUGAUGGUUCUAAUUAGGUAUUCCUUAUUAAAACUGUGAAGAUUGAAGUAUGAUGGAAAUACUUUCACAAUAUCAAAUAUUUUUAUAUUUUUAGAAGGCUGAUUUAAUAACAGAAAUCUGUUAUUAAAUGAUAGUAUUAUAAUUCUCUUGCUUAUAUAAAACUAUUGUAAGAAUGUUAACAUUCUCACCUAAGUACACAAAGGGAGAAAAUCAUAGUGAAAGCUGGAAAUCUUUGUUGAUACUCUAGCCUUCAUCAGGAUAGCCUGCCGUGUUCCAACAGAUGCAGUAACUGUGAACACAGGCCAGAGGUUACUGCACUAACCUGGUACUAAGAGUAGGGUUAUGGUGGAGUGCUUGCUCAGAUGUAAUGUUCAUUCUUUUUAUUGAUUAUAAAUCAAAUUUUUGGUAGAACCUUUAAAGUA